AUGGCCAUUGGACAUUGGACAGGCCACGGACAUUCGGCCAAGCUCCCGGCGCUUCGUCUGAUCCAGGAUUGGUUGGGAAAGGACGAGAAGCACAGCGAGCCGACGGCGCUCAGGGCCAAGCGAAGAAGUCAACCAGUCAACCAGCCAACUCCAGGAGGAAGUGGAAAAGGCUUGCUGGUGGAAAAUAGAAUGGGAAGGAGGAUGGGGAUGGGAUGGGAUGAGAUGGGAUGGGAUGAAAGAGGACUGAGGACCAGAGAAAAGAAUUUGCUCAACCUAUACACACCCCAAUCCAAUCCAGGCACGAUCAACUAUCCACCAGACCCCUAUGGACGAAGCCAUUCGUAUGGCGUCUCGACAGUACAAUUCCCAAGAAGUACUUCAUACUUCCAAGUACUUCAUACUUUGUUGAUCCCACGAUAUGUGCUCCUCUAUGCAGCAUACUCAAGUUGGACACAAACACGGACCAGUCGCCUCAACUUCGCUCUUAUGUCACCGCCAUGGUAAAAAUACGGCAAAGGUCCGCUUCUGACUCGUCCAAUCUUCAGUUCGUCAGAAAAUCCUGUCGCAUCAACGUCCUGCCGUUUGAUUUUGGAGGACCUUUGAGAGGACGAGCUUCCACGUCGAGACCCCAGACCAUACUGUACAAUGUCAACACGGAGCCCGUCCGUCAAAUGUCACACUCUACUGUGCCCAUCAUCAUCAUCAACCUGGUUCGUGGACGACGUAAAAAUGUCAGGAAGUAUUGUCAAAGUCAUAUCGAGCCGAUCUUCUGA